CUCAGUCUCGGCGCGAACGCCGAGUGCGACUUAGUUUACGAGCAACGACGCGUCCCGACGUCCCCGCGGACAGGAAAUUUUCAAUCAGGCAUCCCCUCGGAUCGCAACUGCCCCAGGAUUCGCGCUUCUCCCUUAAAAGGGGGAAGCCCUCGUUCCCGGAUUUUGAAAAAAAAAACAACACUUUCUUUUUCCACCCCUCUUCCCGCCCUCCACCCUCUUACUUUAUUUCGCAGUUUUCCGAUUCGACGGAAAUCUCGGAACUAAAAACUCUGAGCAUAGAGAUCUGUAUCUUCCGUUACUUUUCGUCCCUCCACCAAUUAUUCAACGGCGAGGAGUGCUUAUUAUUUGAAGAACUCUAACACCUCCAGUUCGUCGAACUAACACACGUACUGCGUAAUUAAGUGGUGAAAAUGCUACUGUGAUUGGAUCUGUAUAAUAUAUAAUCGAAAACCAUGAAAAGCCUCGCGACUCUCCGAAGAUUCCAACUGUUCUACGCGCCGUUACUGCUACUCGCGGCUGCUACGGGAGUGCGAGGCUUGCGCAACGUAUCGAUAAAAAUACCUAUAGCGGUAACGCCUGGCUCCACGGUUACUAUGACCUGUCAGUACGACCUAGAAACGGAUCCACUCUACACGGUCAAGUGGUACAAGGGGCGUACGGAAUUCUUCAGAUAUGUCUUGAAAGAACAUCCUCACAUAAAGGUCUUUCCCCUACAAGGUGUCAACGUCGAUACCUCAGCUAGUGACUCCCAUAAUUUAGUUCUCCACGACGUCCAGUCAAAUCUUACAGGAAAAUACAGGUGCGAAGUCUCCGCUGAUGCACCUUCCUUCCACACUGAAAUGGUUUCGAGCUAUAUGCACGUCGUCAACCUUCCUGAGGGGGAUCCAGAGAUUCGUGUUGAGAAACUGAAAUACGCGGUGGGUGACGUUGUCCGUGGAAACUGUACGUCACCACCGGGGAAUCCCUCGGCCAACGUCACGUGGUCCGUAAACGGAUUACCGGUGAAUGCAAGUUACACGCUGACGUCGCCACCCGUAACAGAGAAUUCGAUUGUGUCGGUGGUAGCUGGAUUGGACUUGGAAAUUGCCUCGGACAAUUUCAACCACGGCAGACUUCACAUCACGUGUCGAGCAAACGUCUUCCAUCUUUACACAGCUCAAACGGAGAUAUUCAUCGAAGAAGAAAACCCAAGAUUAGCCUCAGUUCUAGGAACUCGCGAAUCCUCACAUACCGGUAAGGCUGCACGAAGAUUUGAGGAGUGGAUAUCUAUAGGAGCAGUGACGAACCUACUUCUAUUCACUCUGAGAUAACACCGAAAAACGUUCAGUUGAUUUUAUCCGUUUAACUGUAACUGGGAAUGAAGGAGUAAAUUGUUUGUAAAAGUUUGGAAAUUAUUAAAAACCUUUUGUUGAAACAUUA